AUGACGAUCUGUACUUAUAACGCACGCACGCUUGCAUCGGAAGCGGCCAUCGAAGAUCUGAUGGUGCAAGCCAAGAAGAUCAAGUACGACGUCAUCGGACUGACCGAGACGAGACGACGUCACUCUCUCAACGCUGUAUUUGAAACUGGAGAAGAACUGUUCUUAGGAACAUGCGACAGUAGAGGUGUUGGUGGAGUUGGCGUCCUCGUCAACACGAGUAUGGCACAGAACAUCGACUCUUUCGAACAACUCACGACCCGAAUCGGACGUCUGCGGACGAGAAGAUGUGGUCCCACACCGGCUUUGACUAUCUUCGUCGCUUACGCUCCAACAUCAAGCUACGAAGAAGAAGAAGUCGAAGCUUUCUAUAUGGACCUGGAGAAGUUCUACCGAGAAGAUCAUGCCUUUUACAAGGUCAUAAUUGGCGACUUCAACGCCAAAGUUGGCCCAAGAAGAACGCCGGAGGAACUUUACAUCGGCACCCACGGCCUACAAUGGAAUGACCAGGGGGAGAGGCUUUCCGAGUUCAUCAUGACGACUAAGACCAUCCAUGGGAACUCGCAAUUCCAGAAGCCCUCCUCUCUACGCUGGACGUGGGAGUCACCCGGUGGAGGGUACCGUAAUGAGAUAGAUCACAUCAUCGUCAAUAAAAGGUUCUGCCUGACGGAUGUCGCUGUUGUACCAAAGUUCUAUACGGGAUCGGACCAUCGCCUCCUCCGAGGAAGAUUUUCUUUCACGCGGAGAGCAGAGAAAGCCGCCAAGUUCAGCAAGAGAAAUCCCAGAACUACCAUCAACUGGGAUCUCUUCGCUACGUUAGCCGGCUUUUGGGAAGAUUCCGCAAUGGACAACAUCGACGAGGAAUACGACCGGCUUGUCAAACACCUUCAUGACUGCGCGAAGAAGGCUGAGAGUAUUAAAACAACCAAGAGACGCCUGUCUCUUGAAACUCUUGAGCUGAUACGCCAGCGUGGAGCAGCACGAGCCGCAGGGAACCAAGAGCUUACGUCCGAGCUCGCAAGGCUUUGCAGAGAGGCGAUAAAGAAAGACCUUAAAGAGAGAAGAGCAGAAGUGCUGGCUGAAGCAGCAGAGGCGGGAAAAAGCAUCCGCUAUGCCCGCCGAGACUUCGCCAGUCGCAAGACAAGGAUGACAGCUCUCCGGAACCCGAAGGGAACAACCAUUGCAUCGAGAAGGGGAAUGGAGAAAAUCAUCUACGACUUCUACUCUGAUCUCUUCGACAGCCGUGCCCACUUGCCUCCUCACCAUCUGAGGGAAGAUGGACAUGUCAUUCCAGCGGUUCUCCCGUCCGAAAUACGACAUGCUAUCAUGUCGGUGAGAAAUCGUACAGCAGCCGGUCCCGACAGAAUAAAACCAGAACACCUGAAGAACCUUCCGCCAGUACUCAUCAACACCCUGGCGAGGAUCUUCACACGUUACCUGUCGGAAUGCAAGGUCCCUAAACAGUGGAAGACCAGCAAGACCGUGUUGCUGUAUAAAAAGGAGAUCCACAUGACAUCGGCAACUAUCGCCCAAUCUGCUUACUGUCCGUCAUCUACAAGCUCUUCACAAGAGUGA